AUGGCGUCUGGGGAUGGCGCGACACAUACAGUGCCCGUGGCCGUCACAGCGGCGGAUAAGAAGGAGUUGACGAGCACGGGUGCGAAGCCGUGUGUGGUGACGGAGACAAAGCACGUGCGGUUCGCGGUGGCCGAGGACGGCGCCGAGGAAGAGUUCGUCAGCGAGGAGCAGACACCGAUGGCGAAGACGGCCAAGGACAAGGUCGAGAAGGUGGUGGACGUGGGCGACGUGGGCGACACGGGCGCGGGCAACAUGAAGCGCGCCGUGGUCGACUUGGCGUGCGCGAGCGUCAGGAAGUCGAAGGAGGAGCUGGAGGCUGCGGUGUCCAAGCAGCUGGACGAGUGGCUGGAGCAGUUCGGCGCGGACGGCACGAUGGUCGAUGUGGCGAACACCGACAACGCGGUGACGAACGGCAUAGGGGGUGACGACGGCUCGCCCGAGUCGGUGCAGAAGGUGAUGACGGCAGAAGUGCGGCGACAAGACGUUAUCAAGGCCAAGGUGCUGCGUGUGAAGGCGGCUGAAGUGAUGCAGAGAGCUGUGCGUGCCGACGAGGAGGCACGGCACCUGCAGAAGCGACGGAAGCGGAAGGAGCACGAGCGCGAGCGGCGCGACGGCGCGAGGCUGUGGUGA